UAAGAUUUGAAUUUUGUUGUUUUUAUUUUUCUGUAUUUUACAAUAUCCGAAAUUAAGACCGAGAAUUGCAGCACUUUUGUAACAACACAAUCCGAUCCGAUUUAGACGUACGUAACGUUUAAAUUGCACCUGGUCAGAACUUCUUUUUCAACUGACAGGCGAGGGCAACCAUACAAAAAAAACUAAUUUAACUUUGAAGGAGAGAGGUUUGAGUGGUUGAAAAGUGAUUAGAGAUAUUUGAAGGAACAGCGAAGGAAGUCAUCUAGAAAUGGACAGUAUGAAAGAUAUUAUAUAUCCGGAAAUUGAACCGGGAGUCAUAAGCAAAGAGAUGAUAGAAAAGUCUUAUUCGGAGGAUGGUUAUAAAGGUGAAGCAUUGAGACUACAUCAAAUGGAACCGAUACGAUACGAAAAGAUUACAGUCUUGCGAUUGGAGUUCUUAAAUAUUCUGCGAAUUGAUCAUCUGUGGAUGAUGCCAAACCUCACCAAGUUGGGUCUAAAUUGUAACAAAAUUGAAGUUAUUGAAAAUAUUGGAAUGCUUACUUCUUUAAAGGAGCUCAAUCUUUCAUUCAAUUAUAUUGAAAAAAUCGAAAACUUGCACACACUUAAAAAUCUUGAAGUCUUAAGUUUAUACAAUAACUUAAUAACCGUUAUCGAAGGCUUCGAUGCUUUGGAAAAUUUGGUAAUCUUCAGUUUAGGAAACAACAAGAUUGAAUCAUUGAAGGGGUUGGAACGAAUGCGAUUUUUGAAAAAGCUUAGCGUUCUCAAUAUGGAAGGUAAUCCAGUUUGUCAAAUGCUAGGCUAUUCAUUAUCAACUUAUAUUGCUGCGUUGUUGCCAAAUGUCAAAUAUUAUGAAUAUUCUUAUAUCGAAGAUUCUGUCCGAGAAGCUGGAAAGCAGAAAUUUAUUCGCGAACUACGUGAAAUCGAAGCAGCGGAAGAAGAAGAAAUCGAAAUUCGAAAUCACAAGGCCAAAGAACUCGAAGGUGAACAACGGUUUUCUAGUAGUUUCGUUGAAUACCUUAACGAACAUCAGUUAUUCGAAUCACUUUGGUUGGCCGAUGAUGAUGGUCGAACUUUGAUUCAAAUCGGUGGCGAUAAUAUUGAUGAUCUGAUGGCAGAAUAUCGAAGUGAUAUCUUUGCCAUAACUCAGGAAAUCUUCAAACUUGGACUUGAAAAAUUCGAAGAACGAAAAAAAGAAAUCGAUCUUUAUAUGAAAAGUGUAGAAGAAGGACAAUUGAAGAUUCAAAAAUCUGGUCAUAAGACCAUCGAUGAGUAUGUUGUUAUUAAAGAUGAAGUCUUCAAAGAGGCUACAAACUGUCUAAGGCAGCUGGAAACAAGAUCACUUCAAGGCGAAGAUGAUGAUUCUCCAGAAAGUGUAAGACUUUUUGAACAAUUCGAAAAUAUUUCGUUGAAUUUCCAAGAGAAAACUAACGACAUAUGGCAGAUUCUUAUGGAUGAUGAAUUGCAUUUAUAUGAAAGUAUUAUGGAAUCAACAUCUUUCUUCGAACGCAACAUUCAAGAAAUGAUGUCAAAGUUUGUUGAACAAACUCAAAUUUAUUUUGCACAAAUUCGUGAUGUUGCUGUUCAUUUCUCAGAGAAUCUUACUGAAUUAGUUCAGCAAUAUAUUGGAGAAAAGCUAGCUACUCGAAUGUUUAAUGAUGUGCCCGAUGGUUUGAAGAUCUGUUUGGAAGAUAAAGAUGCCUUGAAUAAUUUGAUCGUUGGCAUGAAAGAUCAUCAUGUGCAAAAAAUCGAUGAAAGGGAAGAUCGUUUAGUUGUUCGAAGCAAGCAAUUUGUUACAGAUUUGAUUGAACAGUUGCAAAAGAACGAACUUGAGAGAAAUCGGGCCAAAAUUCUGGAAAUUAAUUCCUAUAUCGAACAAAUGACCAAUAACAUUCAGUCACUUCAAGGUGAAAUCCGAGAAGAAUUACUAAAUAAAAAUAUUUAGUUAUCUAUAA